UAAGUAUUUUUCUGGGUAUCAGACUCUCACAUGGUGCACAACGUGAAAAUCCGCGCCAACCUAAAAUCUUCAGGAAAGGUUGUGUAAGUUGCUAUAUCAGUCGAAUUUCUGCUAUAAUUUGCUUUGCCGUCACUUUCUUUGCCUAAUUCUCGAAGUUUCCUUUAGCACAGAGUCCAGUUACAGGCAGUUUACCAACAAUCUGAGGGACAGAAAUAUCUGAUGGCAGCUUCUGUAUUUCCACUUGGCACCGAUGUUUCACCGUACAAACCCACAGAGGAGCCCGACGGCCCACACGAAGUAGCCCACCAACUCACAAACAAAGAUACUACGAAGCUCGGCCUACCCAGCAACGACCCCGAGAUGGCGGCAACAGGUAGCGAGGGUGCAGGGCCCAGCUCAGCACCAGACAGCCCGAGCUGCAGCACGGCAGACACUGACCCAGGCAGCGACCUCGGUUGUGUGCCCCUAGACGGCAUGAUCACAGAGAACAUGCUGAACAUUGAGAAAGAGCUGCAUCUGCAGAGCAUCAAGGAGGAGAAGAGACUGAAGGAGGAGUCCAUCUCGGUGUGGCAGAAAGAGCAGGACGAGCAGCGCUACAAACGCCUGCAGCACCUGCUGGAGAAGAGCAGCAUCUACUCCAACUUCCUACUGAGCAAGAUGGAGGAGCAACAGAAGAAGGAGAAGCUGCGGCAAGAGAAGCGGGCCAAGAAGCUGAAGAAGAAACAAGAUGAAGAAGAGCGAAAGAGGGCCGAGGCCGAGGAAAAGGAGGCGAAAAAAGACGCGGAGAAAGAGAACAAGGGAUCCAAGGAGGCUGGACCAGCUACUCGGAGAAAAAGCCGCUACCGGAAGCAGGAGUCAAGUAGCCCAGAAGUCGCUGGAACCUCAGAAAGUCAGGAACAGGAUAGAAACAUGUCCACAGACAGCGCAAAGUCCUCCCCACGUAUAAUAGAUCAGGCAAGCUCAGGGAAUGCUUUUCCUAGUCACUUUAGUCAAACCGAACAGAGGAAUAGCCCACAGGAUUCCAAAAGCCCUAUGGCCAGCCCCAGACGUCACGCUCCGACAGACAAAUCAGGGACAAGUUCUCCCAAAACUGACCACAUGAAAGAUAGUCCCUCACCUAGGAAGGACCAGGUUGAACUUGAAAGGAAUUGUAGGACAAGACACUCAAGUAGAAUAGCAAAAACUGGUGGAGAGAAUAGGAUAGCAAAAACUGUCAAAGAAGAGAAUAGGAUGGCUAAAACUUGCGAUGACGAAAAUGGGAUUGCAAAAACUGUCGAAGGAGAGAAUAGGAUGUCAAAAACUGUCAAAGAAGAGAACAGUAUGGCAAAAACUGUCACAGAAGAGAAUAGGAUUGCAAAAACUGUAGAAAGGGAGAUUAGGAUGGUAAAAACUGUCAAAGAGAAUAGGAGGGCAAAAAUUGUCAAAGAAGAGAAUAGCGUGGCAAAAACUGUAGAAGAGGAGAGUAGGAUGGCAAAAACUGUCGAAGGAGAGGAUAGCUAUAGCAUGGCAAAAAGUGUAGAAGGGGAGAAUAGUAUGGCAAAAACUGUCAAAGAAGAGGAUAGCAUGGCAGAUACUGUAGAAGGGGAGAAUAGGAUGGCAAAAACUGUCAAAGAAGAGGAUAGCAUGGCAGAUACUGUAGAAGGGGAGAAUAGGAUGGCAAAAACUGUCGGAGAGGAUAGCUAUAGCAUGGCAAAAGCUGUAGAAGGGGAGAAUAGUAUGGCAAAAACUGUCAAAGAAGAGGAUAGCAUGGCAAAUACUGCAGAAGGGGAGAAUAGGAUAGCAAAGACUGUAGAAGGGGAGAAUAGGAUGGCAAAAACUGUUGAAGAGGAGAAUAGGAUGGAAACAACAGUCGAAGGAGAGAGCACAGUUCCUGAAUUAACAGAUGCUCAAUCUCCAGACUCAAACUCAACAAGUCCCAUAGGAACCUCACGCGGCAGAAGUCGCAAGCGAAUGAGGGAAGACUACAGCAUUGCUGACUACAUUGACAAAUCUACUCUAACAUCCAAAAAGCUGAAAUCUGACGCCGCCGAGACAGGCAGCUCAGGGAAACAGGAAAAGACAAACUUGCCGCCAAGGGUGAAGAAUGAAAACACUCAGGAAAACCAAACGGAAGCAUCUCAAGAAGGUGGCUCUGCUGACGAGGAAACAAAACCAGAGGCUACCUCGCCAGUUGCUGCCAAGCAGACAGAGGAGUUUGUGGAUUCCUUCAGCCGCACCAUCAACGGGGAGCAGAUCUCAGACCUGCAGCCGGACCUCUUCACAGGGGGCUGUCUCAGGAAGUACCAGGUGGAAGGCAUUGAAUGGCUCAAGGUGUUGUACGAAAACGGCGUAAAUGGCAUCCUUGGUGACGAGAUGGGUUUGGGUAAGACAGUCCAGUGCAUCGGUCUGUUUGCCCACAUCAUCAAGAUGGGCGUACCCGGACCGUUCUUGGUAGUGGCCCCCCUCUCCACUCUAUCCAACUGGAUGUCAGAGUUCAAACGUUUCACACCUUUGAUCAAAGUCAUCCUCUACCACGGCACUCCUGAGGAACGAGAGACUCUGCGCCAUCAGAUCCGCAAGCCGUUCGGCGAGUACAAGACGCUACCCGUGGUGGUCACGUCCUACGAGAUCGUCAUGAUUGACCGCAAGCACCUGAGCGGACACCUCUGGAAGUACAUCAUCGUGGACGAGGGCCACCGCAUCAAGAACCUCAACUGCAGACUCAUCAGGGAACUGAAGAUGUACCACUCGGCCAACCGUGUCCUUCUGACGGGAACCCCUCUGCAGAACAACCUGGCUGAACUCUGGUCAAUGCUCAACUUCCUACUCCCAGAAGUCUUUGAUGACCUGAAGACAUUUGAGUCGUGGUUUGACUUUUCAACUCUGACGAAGCAAGGUGGAGAUGAAGCCAUUGUGGCCAAGGAAAGAGAGCAGCAUAUUGUCUCCAUGCUGCAUCAGAUCCUGAGCCCCUUCCUCCUCCGCCGACUCAAGUCGGACGUGGAGCUCAAGAUUCCCCCGAAGAAAGAGAUCCUAGUCCAGGCCCCGAUGACCGCCAAGCAGGCCGAGCUGUACAGGGACCUGGUGGACAAGACCAUCCUGGCCAAGAUGAAGGAGCGAUACAUCCAGCCCGAGACGGAGACCCAGGAGGUGUCGGCCGGGGGUAGGGUGCGCAGAAAGUGCCGGGUGGAGGUGGAUUACGCCCUGAUGGGGGACCAGGGAGAGAACGAGAAGAAAGAAGACGAUGACAUAGACGGCUGGGUGCAGAGACUUUCGGAGCAAGCAGAACGCUGCCAACAGGCUAACAAGAAGGAUCCCAAAGCAGAGACCAAGAACGUGGAGCUGAACAUCAAGGACAAGAACGUCAUGUCGCAGCUGCGGAAGGCCUGCAAUCACCCUUACCUCCUGGAGUACCCCCUGGAUCCAGUCACCCAGGAAUACCGAAUAGACGAGGAGCUGGUCACCAACAGCGGCAAGCUGAUGGUGCUGGAGAGACUGCUGCCGGCAUUGAAGAAAGAGAAUCACAAGGUUUUGAUCUUUUCUCAAAUGACGCUCAUGCUGGAUGUCCUGGAGGAUUACUGCUAUCUACGCAAGUAUCGGUACUGUCGCCUGGAUGGAAAAAUGAAGCUGACAGACAGACAGGAACAGAUUGACGAAUUCAACAAGGACCCCGACACGUUCCUGUUCUUACUGAGCACCAGGGCUGGAGGGCUGGGUAUCAACCUGACUGCAGCGGACACAGUCAUCAUCUACGACAGUGACUGGAACCCCCAGAGUGACUUACAGGCACAGGAUCGCUGCCAUCGCAUCGGUCAGACCAAGCCUGUGGUCAUCUAUCGUCUGGUCACCUCCAACACCAUCGAUCAAAAGAUUGUGGAGAGGGCUGCAGCCAAACGCAAGCUGGAGAAGAUGGUUAUUCAUCAGGGUAAGUUCAAGGGAGGCAAGAGCAACCUAGCCAAGGACUCGCGCUCCCUGAUCAACCCCGCCGAGCUCCUGGAACUGCUACGCUCCACCGACCACAGCGGCUUCAUCCGCAACUGCAACCAGAAGGUCAUCAGCGACACGGACCUCAAGCUGCUGCUGGAUCGCAGCGACCUGCUGGCGCGGUUCAAAGGUCAGGAGAAAACCGGCGCUGCUGCCACCAAAGCGGGCGGCAAGAAAGGCGGGAAGCAAAACCCCCGCUCUAGCAUCUUCAAAGUCCUGGACGACGCGACAGAGGACGAUGGCACAGAACUCAGGAUAGGCACAUGAUGAGGGUUGUUGUUUUUAGUGAAGUUCAGUACUACUUAAGAGUUGGCUUGUACCAAGCAACCAACAGAUCAAAGACCCUGGAACAGGGUGAUAUUUAAAGCCUCACAAUUGGACAGUUGGUGUGGGGAAGGUCGGGCAAGGGCAUAUUCUGUGUUUACAGUGUUUGCAAAAAAGUGCUGAGCUAACCCUGUUUCCAUAUAACUCUUUAGUUAUGCAAGAUGUACGAAUGCUCAAAAGCCAAAAUGUUCUUGCUACCCCUGUGAAAUAUGUUUUCUGUUAUUUUUAACUUCUGGCGAGCAGCGCAGAAAAUCGCUUUGUUGUCAAGAGCUUUGACAUCAACCACGUACACCUUGCCUAGCUGUUCGUCAACUUAAGUUACCCACAAGUCUGUGCAUUUCCUCCACAAGAUUCUAAGAUUGCCUGUACCAGCGCUCGUAGUUGGAAUUGGUGUGAGUGAGAGGAAUAUAAGAGAUAGCCAAAUGUUCUAAUAUCAGACUGCGGGCAUUUGUGAACACUGUCACAUUACUUUCUGUAAUACAUUGAUUGUGUCAAGGAUAUAGUGUCAUGUUCUCAAGCCUUUUUGUUGACGAGAAUGUUACUAUGCAAGUAUUGAUACGCAAAAUCUUGGGAGAUUUAACAGCAAGACAUUUUUUAUUUUGUACAAAAAUCCAUGCUUUGGGAAAGAAAGUAAUACUUUUUCUAACUUUACUUACUUUUUCUAACUUUAUUUACUUUUUCUUGUGCACUCUCCUACCUUGCUAGUGUUCUGCCAUGGCAUGAAUCUCUGUAUAACACACUGAAGUUGUACCCUAUGAGGAUCCUCGCAGGCUUUUCAAUCAUUUUAACUUGAGCAAAUCUUAUUAUCCUCGAAAUGUGAGAAACGAAGUGUGUUUGCUUUUUACCAAAACAAAACAAGUGAACUUGCCCUUAAAAUCUGGAAGGAUCCCAGCUAAAAUGAUGUUUUACUCAAAUUCGAGAAGAUGUACUAGUUUUGGAGUUUUUCCUAUGAGCUAGAUGUGCCUUUGAUAUAGCCAUUUGUUUGCUUUUCUUUUACAAGUAUUAAAAAUGAAGAUUGAAAAAGAAACAGCAUUUUAUUGAUUUGAUUCAGAGUCCAUGAUAAAUCAGUUUUUUUAUGUUUUGUAGUUAUUCAAAUGUCAUACAUAUAGGUGCGCGGAUAGUUUCUUUUCUCUUUUUUGUUUUAGUUGUUUCUUUGCCGUAGAACUUUCAAGAUGUAGUUGCUUUCAUAAACAAAAGUUUUUGAGGAAUAAAGUCCUUUUUUUGGCAGAAAAGGUAAGAUAACACAUAGUAAUUAGUGUUUCUUUUUCAUUAACCCAAUGAUUUGGUUACAUUUAGUUGUUAAUUGUGCUUAUAGUUGACUUUUAUUUUUUUUUGUGGUUACUUUUCUGGCUGCUCACAUUAAAUGUAUGAACUUGGUCACUGAGAAUUCAAGGUCUUUUAUUUUGAACUCUAAAUCUUCCCAGAUGUGACAAUUUCUCAAUGAAGUUAUUUUGAUAUUUUUUGUUGUUCACUCAACAUACAUGUACAAGGGGUUAAACAUUCCAUAUGAACCUCACAAAUUCUGUGCUUCCAUAAAGUAUACAGCAAAGAAGAAGGGAAUGUCUGUUUUUCUGUUAAAUGUCAAUUUUACAGCAGUGAGUUUCGUCAUCUGUUAUGGCACUUGAAUGUACAUGUACCUAGUUACAUGUACAUAUAGUACUGCUUAGACAUUUUUAUCAGAGAAGACACCUUUGCCAUUUUGAAUACUUGUAUUCUUUCAUUCAUUAGGUUUUUUUCCUGUCAAAAUGUUUAUGUAAAUAAAAAGCUUUAAUCUAUUCUUAAAACCUAAAA